AUGGCAAAGUACUACUCUUCUGCAACUUUUGUCAUCCUUCUUCUCAUAGCUGCAGCCAUGACAGCUCCUCAAACAGCUUCCUCCUAUCUAACAGGCGAAAGCCUCUUCAGAUGCUGGGAAGCCGUCCACUCCUUGGAAGGCUGUGUGGCCAAGUUGGUGGCGCCGGAGGCCCUCAACAUCCACCUGAGGCUGACGCCACGGUGCUGCGUAGCUAUAAAGGAGAUAGGAGAGAACUGCUUGUCGACCAUUUACCCGAGCUUCGCUGUCGCACCCUCGUUGGGUUCUUUGCUUGAUGGGAUUUGUGCUGAUUACUUGACUCCCGCGCCGCAGCCUGCUGCAAGUGAUUGA